AUGGAAAUUAAAGAAACAUCAACUGCCAUCAAGUCCACAUCCAACGUAUUGUCAAUUGGCGAUGAUAAUGAAUUCUUGAGCAUCAAGAAACCCAAAAACAAUAAUUCUAAUCCAAACUGCAUUCGUAAUGAUUUUAGAAAACAUUUUUGUGCAAUAUUGACGGGUAUUAAAACACCCAUAGAGCCUAAGAUCGAUUGGAAUUUAGUGGACAGAUUUGGAGCGACGAGUAUUAAGGAAAAUAAUAAGCCCAGGCAAUAUCAUUUUUAUGGUCAAAAAGGAUGCAGCGGCUGGAAAUCUCAUACGAUUAUUUCGGGUCCCACAUUCAAUGCAAAAGAAGUUUUCAAGUACGUGAAAAAUAGACUGAAAGAUGAAAAUUGGAUAUCCGAGAGUGUCAUAGAAACACCACUUCGAACAAAAGUUGGUACAAGCCUUCAUUACGGCUCCGAUCAAUACAUUCAAAAGAUUGUCUCCGAAGCACUCCAUGCCGAAGCGAAGAGGCUGUUGAACUUUAUACAAUAUUUACACAGGAAUCAUAAUAAUAAAUAGUUAUAAA